AUGCGGUUCGUUCCACCUCCAGUAAUACAUCUCCUUCCAGCGCUCUCGACGAGUCGUAGUGCCUUGAGCAACAACAAGACACGACAAUGCAUCUUGGCUGGUGGAGUCGAAAACUCGAUCGAUGAGAGCAACAAGAAGACGCGCCGCGGUGCAGAACCAUCUGUACCUGCCAAUAACACCCACGACCGUGAAUACGACGACGAUGACGACAACAGUCCUCCAAUUUACAUUCCUCCACCACCUCGAUCUGUUUUGGAAAUGACACAAGGAGGAAGUGUCCAGGCACUUAAGGGUAUCUGCCAUCCGAUUGCCCGCAAGAUGUUUCAAGAGCUCCAAGCCAGAGGUUACGUCCUCAAUGUCACUGGAAAGUAUGCCGUGGACUUCUGUACAUUCGCCGAUGAAGACUGUGGCAAACACGCCCUCUUGUAUGCCAUGUUUGAAAAAGAGACUGACAACCUCGUCAAGAUAGGAUUGACUGUUGAUUUGGACUUCCGAACACACUGGUAUGACAACAAACAAACGCACUACUUUGUUCCGUUCGUCCUGCUCCACAACUUCGACGUGAAAACAGAGAAGGAGGUCCUCCAACCAUUGUAUCGAGCCUUCAUGAAUGCUGUCCAGACGGAUGAACAAGUUCCCAGCCCAGUACAAGAGGUGUUCAAGAUGAUUACACAGCGUGGUGGAGAAGAGCUUGGAGUAAAGAAGAACCUGCUUGAUCGAACGCGACAGACACACGUCCAGCAAGCUGUGAAAGCGGUGGUGUCCAUGGCAGAGUUGGCAUUGGAUACGAAAAAGAAGAUUGAGAUAGAGGCUGUCACCAGCUGGAUGACUGGCUUUCACAAGAAGAAGAAUGCCGAGGACAACCCAGAGGGGAAACGCUGUAAUACCCUGGUUUUCAUGGAGUAUGUUUGCAAUGAUCCUGACUUUGAUUUGGAAGAGACUGACACGAUACCCGUUCCCGCUUGCCACAAUCCUCAAAAUGCUGACGAGGGGAGGGGUUUUCGACAAACUACAAGCGGGCUGUUUUGCAACAAGGCCAGGAGCGUCUACGCAACUUCUUGCGCACGAUGCCAACAAAUUGCUUCAAACUAUUGA